AAAAUUAGUUGGUAGAAGUGAUAUUGUGAAAGCGCAGACGUACUUGUCAUUUUAAGCUUCCGCUGCUACUACAAUCUUCCUUGGCAGACAAAAGUAUUCGGCUUCAGUUCCUCGUAGGACAAGUGCUGUAUUGGUAGCAAAUUUUUUUUAGUGAGUAGAUUCGUGUGUGAAGUGAUUUUUUUUAUUAGAUAACUAACAUGAGCUGGCAGGAUUACGUAGACAAACAGCUCUUGGCUUCAAAAUGCGUUACGAAAGCCGCAAUCGCUGGGCACGACGGUAAUGUUUGGGCCAAAUCGGAUAAUUUCGAAGUUACUAAAGAAGAACUAGCGAAAUUAGUUCAAGGUUUCGAAAAACAAGACAUUCUCACAUCCUCAGGUGUAACUUUAGCCGGUAACAGAUACAUAUACCUUUCCGGUACAGACCGUGUCAUUAGGGCGAAAUUGGGAAAAGUCGGUGUACAUUGCAUGAAAACGACACAAGCCGUUGUAGUAUCCCUUUACGAAGAUCCAAUUCAACCUCAACAAGCAGCGUCGGUGGUAGAAAAGCUAGGUGAAUACUUAAUUACCUGCGGUUUCUAGAUAUAGUGCGUGCCGCUGUAAGCAGCCAUGCCGCGCGGCGAAAAUUUAUUAAUUAUUAAAUUUGUAUUUUUUUCAAAACAACAGCGAACCGGCAAUGCGUAUACCGAGCGCAUCAUCAUAAAUACACGAAAAAAAAAUGAAAAAAAAAAAUAAAAAAUCAUCAAAAUCGGGAAAUUUUUCCUAUUUUAUAUAAACAUAAAUAGUAUAAAUAUUAUAUAUUAUUAUCGGUUUUUUUUUUGUUCAUAGUCGCGUCUAUCGGAAUUAUAGGUUACGCUACGAGGGGCGUAAAAAAUAAAUUUAAAACUGGUAAAAAGUUUUAUGUAUUGUACAUACCUCGUAGCGUAAUCUUUUAACGAUUGCCGAUCGUAAUUUUCGACUGUGGUCUCAAUUUUCAUUGUUUUUUUCUUUCUCUUUAAAAGAGUUUCGAAAAAUUUGGAAAACGUUUUCGAAACACUUUUUAUUUUUUUUUUUUUUUUUAAAUAUGAAGCAUUUCUUUUUGUUAGCUUUUUCUCGUACCAUUGCUAUAAAUAUCUAGAAACAUUUGAUACUGAAGAACUUACAGUUUAGGAUUUUUUAAUAAAAAAAAUCUCUAGUCCUGCCGUUUCUAUUUUUUUAUUUUCGAUCCCCUCAACUCCCCUCCCCCCCCACUUUUUUCCCCAGCGCUUUUAUAAUAGUGCCGAACGAUUUGAAGAAAAAGAAGAAGAAAAAAAAAACGGUUAACGGAUUUAUCAGAAAAGAAGAUUUAGUAAAAUAAUAAUAAUCGAAGCACAAAUUAUUAUUAUUAUGAACGACGAAUUUUAUUAUCAGCUUUUUCGGUUUGUAAAAAAUUUGUUUGUUUCACGGUAUAAAACUAACAAAACCGUUUUUUUUUUAAUCGUGCAAUCGAACAGGACUUCCAAUUUAAAAUUUAUAUUUAAAAUUUAUAAAUAAAAAAAAAUCUUCCCGAAAUUAUUUAGCAUAUAUAUCGUCGUCGUUCUGGUAGAAAAAAAAAACGACCUUAACCGGAACAACGACGGUUUACCGUUUCGGUGCGGUUCCGUUUAGUGUGCGCUAGCCUUUACGCAAUGCUUUCGUCCAGUUUCACUAUUGUUCUUUGAUUUUUGAUGGAUUUCUUGAGUUUUCCGCGAUUCAAUUGACUUUUCUUCUGGUUUUCAUCCGUUUUCACUAUUGUUCUUUGAUUUUUGACAGAUUUCUUGAGUUUUCCGCGACUUGAAUUGACUUUUCUGUUGGUUUUCAUCCAUUUUCACUAUUGUUUGAUUUUUGACGGAUUUCUUGAGUUUCCGCGAUUCAAAUUGAUUUUUCUUCAGGUUUUGAUUAAUUUUCAUCAAUAUCCAUUGAUUUGUGACGGAUUUCUUGAGUUUUCCGCGAUUCAAAUUGACUUUUCUGUUGGUUUUCAUUAAUUUUCGUCAAUAUCCUUUGAUUUUUGACGGAUUUCUUGAAUUUUCCUCGAUUUGAAUUGAUUUUUCUUCAGGUUUUGAUUAAUUUUCAUCAAUAUCCAUUGAUUUGUGACAGAUUUCUUGAGUUUUCCGCGAUUCAAAUUGACUUUUCUUCAGGUUUUCAUCCAUUUUCACUAUUGUUCUUUGAUUUUUGACGGAUUUCUUGAGUUUUCCGCGAUUCAAAUUGACUUUUCUGUUGGUUUUCGUCAAUAUCCUUUGAUUUUUGACGGAUUUCUUGAAUUUUCCUCGAUUUGAAUUGAUUUUUCUUCAGGUUUUGAUUAAUUUUCAUCAAUAUCCAUUAAUUUGUGACAGAUUUCUUGAGUUUUCCGCGAUUCAAAUUGACUUUUCUUCAGGUUUUCAUCCAUUUUCACUAUUGUUCUUUGAUUUUUGACGAAUUUCUUGAGUUUCCGCCAUUCAAAUUGACUUUUCUUCAGGUUUUCAUCCAUUUUCACUAUUGUUCUUUGAUUUUUUAAUGGAUUUAUUGAGUUUUCCGCGAUUCAAAUUGACUUUUCUUCGGGUUUUCAUCCAUUUUCACUAUUGUUCUUUGAUUUUUGACAGAUUUCUUGAGUUUUCGGCGAUUUGAAUUGACUUUUCUUCAGGUUUUCAUCCAUUUUCACUAUUGUUCUUUGAUUUUUGACGGAUUUCUUGAGUUUUCCGCGAUUCAAAUUGACUUUUCUUCUGGUUUUCAUCCAUUUUCACUAUUGUUCUUUGAUUUUUGACAGAUUUCUUGAGUUUUCGGCGAUUUGAAUUGACUUUUCUUCAGGUUUUCAUCCAUUUUCACUAUUGUUCUUUGAUUUUUUAAUGGAUUUAUUGAGUUUUCCGCGAGUCAAAUUGACUUUUCUUCAGGUUUUCAUCCAUUUUCACUAUUGUUCUUUGAUUUUUUAAUGGAUUUAUUGAGUUUUCCGCGAUUCAAAUUGACUUUUCUUUUGGUUUUCAUCCAUUUUCACUAUUGUUCUUUGAUUUUUGACAGAUUUCUUGAAUUUUCCGCGAUUCAAAUUGACUUUUCUUUUGGUUUUCAUCCAUUUUCACUAUUGUUCUUUGAUUUUUGACGGAUUUCUUGAGUUUUCCGCGAUUCAAAUUGACUUUUCUUCUGGUUUUCAUCCAUUUUCACUAUUGUUCUUUGAUUUUUGACAGAUUUCUUGAGUUUUCCGCGAUUCAAAUUGACUUUUCUUCGGGUUUUCAUCCAUUUUCACUAUUGUUCUUUGAUUUUUGACAGAUUUCUUGAGUUUUCGGCGAUUUGAAUUGACUUUUCUUCAGGUUUUCAUCCAUUUUCACUAUUGUUCUUUGAUUUUUGACGAAUUUCUUGAAUUUUCCGCGAUUCAAAUUGACUUUUCUUUUGGUUUUCAUCCAUUUUCACUAUUGUUCUUUGAUUUUUGACGGAUUUAUUGAGUUUUCCGCGAUUCAAAUUGACUUUUCUUCGGGUUUUCAUCCAUUUUCACUAUUGUUCUUUGAUUUUUGACAGAUUUCUUGAGUUUUCGGCGAUUUGAAUUGACUUUUCUUCAGGUUUUCAUCCAUUUUCACUAUUGUUCUUUGAUUUUUGACGAAUUUCUUGAAUUUUCCGCGAUUCAAAUUGACUUUUCUUUUGGUUUUCAUCCAUUUUCACUAUUGUUCUUUGAUUUUUGACGGAUUUCUUGAGUUUUCCGCGAUUCAAAUUGACUUUUCUUCUGGUUUUCAUCCAGUUUCACUAUUGUUCUUUGAUUUUUUAAUGGAUUUAUUGAGUUUUCCGCGAUUCAAAUUGACUUUUCUUUUGGUUUUCAUCCAUUUUCACUAUUGUUCUUUGAUUUUUGACAGAUUUUUUGAGUUUUCCGCGAUUCAAAUUGACUUUUCCGGAACAACGACGAUGUACGGUUUCGGUGCGGUUCCGUUUAGUGUGCGCUAGCCUUAACGCGCAACGCUUUCGUGUAGUGAAACAAACGAAUUAGUAUUACAAUCUGCUUCUUUUUUAUUUUUAGCUACGAUUGGUGUGAGUUUAGUCGUUUCUUCUUAUCCGAAAUUCGCAGCACUAGUUUACAGGACACUUUUCUUUCUUUUUUUUUUUUUUUUGAAAAAAUAAAUUUUGUGAUAUUUUUUUUGCGUUAGUUUCUAGAAUCGCCGGUAGAUGUUUCUUGCACACCAAUCAAAUAAAAAGUUUUUUUGAAAAAUAUUACGAUACGCGUUUUUUGAUAUAUCGAAAAAAAAAAAUGAAAAAUGAAAAAGUUUUGUGUGGUCGUUAUAUUUUUCGAAAUCACUUGAAUUGAAUAUUGUAACGCGUAUAAUGCUCAGAUGUUGUCUUUCGAUAUACGAGAGACGAUUUAUUUUUACCUCUUUGAUUUAAAAUAAAAUCGAAAAGUAGCUUUGUAAAAUUUCUGAUAUAAUUCGCAAGGGAUAUUGUGUAUCUAAAUGAUUGAAACAUAAUAAAUUUGUAUUAUAAAAUGCUU